CCCGGAGACAAUUGCUUUGGGAAUAGCUGCGUAGACGUCAAAAACCCACCCGCCUGCGCUUUUCUAUCGUGAACGGAGCACUCGCUUCUUAUCUCUCUUUACAAUUACCUCUCUGGUCUUUGUCUUCCUCCAUCGGCCGUGCUGUGGUGUCUUCUUUCCGUGUCUCAGAGAGCGCCGCUCAACUACCAUCUCAAGUGCGGAAUAGCACGUCCGGCGCACUCAUUGUAGCACUUCAUGAGCUGCAGGUUCUGCGGAAGCAAAAAGUCCCGUAUCGCUCUCUUGCGACUGGUCGACGUUUGUACAGGUAUACAGUUUUAGUGAACAGAAGAGAAGAUCACCGGUGGUGCGAUCUGCGUCCAUAAUCGAGCAAUGCAGACCACCAGCACUACAGAUGAUAGUGGCGCGCCCGGCCCACCCUCUCCGUUCGGUUUGGUUGUUUCGACAUUAAUACAGUCCCCGGUUAUCAACCGGAUUCACCAGUUUGGGUUGGGAGGCGGGCGCAGAGGAGUUGUCAUUGUCAAGGAGGCCUCUAUCGAGCUACACGAGAUCAGGGAAAUACCUUCGACAUCACCAGCCGAGAAUGCUUCUCCUGAAUACGUUUUGGAGCUACUCUUCCGCGCCUCUUUGUUCCAGAAACUCGUUUCUUCGCAUGUGAUUCCAUACUCGAUCGAACCGUUCCUUCCGCAAGGCGUGCGCGAUAAGCGAUCUCGUUCAGUAUCAACCGACGUCAGCCGGGAAACACACACGACCACCGAUACGCCCACGACCGCCUGCGAUUCGUUUUCUCCUAUGAGUAUCGAUGACGCCAAUUCUGUCAAUAAAGAGACACAGAGCAGCAAUUCUCGCCAAUUACCGGUGCUCGAAGAGCUCUCGGAUAACAGCACUUCAGACACAUUGAUAUUGGUCACGACAGAUAGGCAUCUACUUUUUGUCGUGUGCGACUGCAAGGACGAUCUUAUAGUAGUCAAGAAUUUGGAGCUGUCGAAUGCACCUUUACCCUUGGUUUACGAUUAUGACUGCUUUGAUACAGACGACGAGUUUCCGGAAGUUCAGAUGAACGACUAUCUGAACGACUUGAUUCCUGAAUACGAAAGAUUUGACACGGCGAUAUCAAGCAUAUUGGGUUCGCCUGAUGAGGACAUCGCCAGCACGAUCAAGCAAUUGGGAAAAGAGCUUGCAUCAGAUGAGAGUGGGUCGGCCGUUCUCGUCAGCUCGUAUCAAAAUAUUUACAAGGUCAUAACCUUACGACCUAUCGGAAUCGGUCGUUCAAGAUAUGUUAUGGCCGCCCAUCAAUUCGAGGUCGACGGCGUCAUGUUGCAUUCACAGUUCUUAUACAGUCCGGCCAGUCCUGCAUUCGCGAUUUAUUAUAUCGAUGAGCGACGGACUCCAAAAUUGGAAAUCUUCGAGUGGAUUGUCUAUAACUCGCCGAAGAAGAUCAAACGGGUGACCAGUCUGGUUGUUCCCAGUGAACUUCCUUUACCGUUAUUUAUGAUUCCUCUGCGUCAUGACCGAGAUCUACUUUUUGUGACGGAAUCCCAACUGCAUUUAUACACGAGCGAAGGGACCGGAAGCUGGAGCUAUUUGCUUUACCGAGAUUGUCCUAAAUACGCCAGAUGCGAUCGGGCACUGCCCACCGCAUACGAUCACCCAAAACAUUCCACGUCGGGACGUCUCUGGCAGCAACUCCGAGAUUGUUUCUCCGAAGAUGUGAGAGAUUACGUCUACCUUGCCUUUGAAUCUGGUGAUAUUUUUAUAGUAGCCGUGCUAGGUGACGGCCAGCUUGCGAUGAUACACUACAUGCAUAUCGACACUGAUAUCGGGACCAGCUUCUCUGUUAUUGAGAAUUCAGGUGCAGGUCCCGACCUGGUGUUUGCCGCUGGGGAUUUGGUUUCUGGCGGCAUAUUUGCGAUCAACAGCUCUACGUUCUUCCGGCGGGAUGAGUCCGAGAUGAGCGAUGGCGCAAUCCUAGCGGAGCCGUGUCAGGCAUUGUCCAAGUUUUUAAAUUGGGCGCCGAUUCUAGAUUGUCAGGUAGUCAAACCGGCUGGCUCGCAGAAUCACCGACUGUUUCUAAAUUCUGGAUAUAAUCAACGCGGAUCCGUCACUCAGAUACGAUAUGGUAUUUCCGCUCAGGUGGUGAUUAACGGACCACUGAUGAGGGGUCUCUCAAACAUAUUCGUCCUGUCAAGUGUCUGUUUUACUGGGUUCUUUUUGAUCUUGACCAGUACACCAUGGCAAAGCCGUCUUUUAAUUUUCGAUCAAAAGAACUCUCGACUGAGCACAUUCGAUCUAGCUGGCUUUGAAGCCCUAUCUGAGACACUACACGCUCGAGUGUUGCCUUCUGGCUAUUUGAUCCAAGUCACACGGUCCGCGCUAAUUGCGAGCGACAUCAUUGGCACCGGACCUGGAUUUGUGUUGAGCCACGAUAAAGGUGAACAGGUCUCUCACGCUGUUGUCGAUAUCGAUGGUUGCUGCUCAACAGUAGUGAUCGGUAAGUGCUACUCGGAUUCCUACCAGCUUGUUUGUUACCAUAUACCCCCGUCUGGCUCGGAGAAAAUCGAGAUACUACAGCUUCCGGGUGAGACGACGUUUACAGCGGGCUCAAUCAGCUUCCUGAAAUUGAUUGAUAUUGGCAAUACGAAGAUCUGCAUGGUUGGCACUCAUGAGCCUAGCAUUCGGGUACUUCGUGUUGAUCCUGAGUCAGGCUUGAGCGAUAUUCAGACUAUACGAGAUCUAUCCGGCAGUAUAAUGAGUGGGAUCCCGGAGUCUGUUGCGGUAUACUGUCUGCCCAUAACCGACCCGGUGAUAUGUUCCGAAUCGUACCGCUACGACGGCCGGAUGACGAUUGGUCUCCGUAAUGGUCUACUUCUUGUCGGGUCCUUCACCAUGAACCUCUCCGCCGACUAUGCAGAUCUCGACUUUCACCUAAAGAGCACGAUUCGGAUGGGUGAUAUGCCGGUCAAGCUACGAGACACGUCUGAUCCAGGACGGGCGUAUGCAAUGUCUGAAUUGCUCUGGUCGGUCUCAAUGGAUGGUAGCGACAAUGAAGAUUGGUUUCAGAUAAAUCAGGUCAUAUUCGACGAUUUUCAAGAUCAAUCAGUUUUUGCGCUCCAAACGUUGAACGACAUUAGCUUCAUGCCCAACAAGAAUCUUGUUGCCGGCCUUUUGCAGGAUCGUUUUUUCAUUGCCGAGAUUGGCUCAGAUCUCACAGAGUGCAUCUUUCAGAGUCCUGUUAGAGAGACGCUGAAACGGAUGGUGUAUUUCGAUCACGUUAAAGCACUGGUGGCUACGAGAGACCUCCCGUUCAAUCGCUUGGUGUUUAUUGAUGUCGCCAGUCAAAAAGUUCUCGAGAGUACACCAACAGAUUCUCUAAUCCCUCCCUCUGAGGAGAUACAAUCGAUAAACGAAUGGCACGCUCAAAUGAGAAGCCGAGAAUGCCAUUUUCUAAUAAUGGGAACUGCCAUCCGCUCUAAUGGAAACGCAGCGGCUGCUCAACACAAUAGCUCACACCGUCAAGACAGAGGCAAAAUUCGAGUUUUCCGUAUCCGUCGCACGAGUCACGGUGCUAGCGGCAUGGAAAGACCCACCUUCGGAGCUGGUGGGCUUUGCGACUCGUCGCCUCCUGGGGGUUCUUCUACCGACACGGGAUAUGAUGAGCCCCAAAGUACGAUUCCGAUCGAGUUGGAAAUCAAGAAACAGUUUAGCUGGACGACGCCAGAGGCGGUUAUUGCAGUUGCAAAAUUCAAAGAUCUUGCGCUUGUAUAUAGCGCUGGUAAUAAGGUCUACGUGAAGAUGUUGAACAUAGAUACAGUGAAGUUUGAUUUCCCAGCAAUUGAGGUGACGCUCAGAAGUCCGGCGAUCAACUUUAGUGUUGAGAACAAUCUCAUUUUCGCAUCUACUAGGAGUAAUUCGAUAGUUGUGAUUGCUUACGCUGAGGGAUCCCUGGUUAUUCAGGAGAGUGACGCGAUUGCCAGAAGCAUGUUGCAUCAUCACCAAUACCUUUCUAAUUUCGUGAUUGGCACCGACAAGGACCACGCAAUCUUUGGUUUGCGCAGUCAAAACGAACGAACUCAUUUCUCAAACAUGGAGCUACAGUUCAAAUGCGUGCUUCCAACUGCGAUUUCACGUCUCCGAAGAGGAAAUUUCGUAGCUGCACAUCUGUGCGCAGGUAACAAGGAACGAGAGAAAUCUUCCCGCGACAGUACUACAGCAACAAAAAUGUCGACAGGUUCGGGAGCACCGUCUGAAGGCGAAGAGCCGUCGCCAACAUUUGAGGACGUUUUGAUUGGCACAGGGAUCAACGGCUCGAUCUACGGUUUCAGGAUACUUGACGAGCGGGAGUUUUACGAGCUGUUUAAUCACUUGAAAGCGCUUGUUGCCGAGCUCGCUCAGCGCUAUUCGCGACUACAAAGACAAAGGCUGCAGCAGAUGGCAGGGAGAAGUAGUGCGUUUACAGAUACAACGUUCCCGUUGCAGCUAGGGCUUAUUCCGAAUGGGUUUGGACUGUCGGGUCUGCUUCAUGACGUGGGCUUUUUUGCUCAUGGAUACGCGGUAAGUAAGCAGCAUAUAUCAGAAGAUUCGAUUGUCGAUUCUGCAGCGAAUCUGUCGUCGCUUCCACAAGCUUCCGUUAAGAAGCCAUCGAUUCGGCAGAUAGACGGCGACGUUAUGUUGUAUCUGCAUGAGCUGCGCAAGAUCCUGGCGAGCGAGUACCCCCCGAACGACCACCAAGAGCGCGAAAGUAGCUGGUCUAUGAGCGAACACGACGGUGCAGCGAGCUCGGUUUCCAUGCGCACAUAUGGAUCGCGAUACUCGUCUACAAGCUUUGGCUCUAGGGAAGUGACGGAGCAUGGGUCUUCUAUAGACGGCGGUGGUCAAUUCUGCUCUCAGUCUUGGAUUGAUUGUUACUUGAAAGGGAUUGUUCUAUAACACUGGAGCAGUGAUUGUACAUUUAUUUUGGGUCGGUUUUAUCAAAUAGAAGUUUCCAUAAACACAGU